AUGAAAAUUUUGAGUCUGAAUAAGUUUUUCCUUGUGGUAGACCUUCCCCUUCCUUUCUGUUGUUGCCAGCGCUUUCCUGGGUGGAGCCGGAAACUUGUAAAGGGCGGAUGUGUUGAGAGACAGCAUGAUGAUGAUGUUAUAAGUCGGUUGCCUGAUGACAUUCUCCUUGUUAUCCUAUCUUCCCUCCCAUUGAAAGAAGCUGGGCGCACAAGUGUUCUUUCAUCUCGCUGGAGAAACUUGUGGAGUUACACCUCAUAUCUCUACUUUGAUGACUAUAGCACCAUGGAGAAGAUUAUCCAAGAAGCUGUCCGCACAAGGGUUUUUCGCUCUCUAGAGAGGGAAAGGGAAAGUUUUGCAAGGUGGGUGGAUUCGGUUCUCCAACCACACAGAGGAUUCAGCUUGAAAGAAUUAAGAAUAUGUUUCAGUUUAAGCCAAUCACCGUCAAUUACAAAGUGGCUUGAAUUUGCUUUUACGAGGCACAUCGAGAAGUUGGAAUUGAACUUUUCCGGUCUUCAUAUCCCAGAUGAAAGUUACGUGUUAACUCAAGAGUUAUUACGGGAAAAUAGCGGAAUUUUCAACUAUAAAACCUUAAAGGUGUUGUGCUUAGACUGCAUUAAUGUCUCUGGUGAAGCUAUCGAGUUUCUCUUACGUUACUGCCCAUUACUCGAGCAGAUACUCGGAGUUUGGAACCAAAAAGUCAAAAUUUUCAGACCCAAAAAGGUGAAUUUUGAGUUGAGAUCCAAAAAGAUGGAACUUUUGUGUCUGAAUAAGUGUGGUGAGAGAUACCAUGGUGAUGAUUUUAUAAGUCUGUUGCCUGAUGACAUUCUUCUUGUUAUCCUAUCUUCCCUCCCAUUAAAAGAAGUUGGCCGCACAAGUGUUCUUUCUUCUCGCUGGAGAAACUUGUGGAGUUGCACCUCAUAUCUCUACUUUGAUGACUAUAGCUCCCUGGAGAAGAUUAUCCAGGACCCGGAUAGUUGCACUUUAAAGAGGGAAAGGGAAAAGUAUGUAAGGUGGGUGGAUUCGGUUCUCCAAUCACAUAGAGGAUUCAGCCUGAAAGAAUUAAGAAUAUGUUUUAAUUUAAAUCAAUCACCGUCAAUUACGAAGUGGCUUGAAUUUGCUUUUGAGAGGCACAUCGAAAAGUUGGAAUUGAACCUUUCAGAUGUUGGUUAUGGUUAUGAAUCAGAUGAAACAUACGUGUUUCCUCAAGAGUUGUUACGGGAAAAUAGCAGAAUUUUCAACUAUAAAACCUUAAAAGCGUUGUGCUUAGACUGCACUAAUGUCUCUGGUGAAGCUAUCGAGUUUCUCUUACGUUACUGCCCAUUACUCGAGCAGAUA